AUGACAAGCUACCAAGUCGCCACCCCGGCGCCGAGCACCGCAGUACCUCCCAUGGCCAAGGAAGAACAAAGAGAGGACGAAGACUUCAACUACUGGUUCUGCGUCGCGGUCGUCUGGCUCGCGAUCCACGCCACCGCACUCUACGUCGUGCAUCAAGCUGUCAGCGCCGCCAGUGCCGACGACCAGCUCGUGAAGAUCGUCGUGCUUGCCUUCUUCGUGAUGUUGGGCUCGUUCUUCUUCUUGCUCGCGAGCGUGAGCUGGCUUAUUUUGAAGUAUGGACUAGGUGCUGAGGGGGCAGAACCGUGGUACGCGGGCAUUUUGGCGCUCAGCGUUUUUCUUCUGAGGGCAAUUGGCCAGCAUGCCGAGCCUGAGAGCGGGCUUGCGUGGUUGUGGAAGAUGGUGGCGUGGUUCUGGGUUGGGUUUGCUGUGGAGGUGUAUUGGGGUUUUUACGGGCGACUCAUGACUCGAGUGAAGGAGAAGAUGAAGAUGGAUGGCAAAGCGAGGGAGUGGUAG